AUGGAGUUUAAGGAGUAUACUCCCAGCUUCACCAGCCGGGAAACAACCUUCGUACCUUCCGACCAACAGUCCGACAGCAGAAUCAUUUUAGACGACGAGAAAUUGCCACCAGUUGAUGGAGGUGUUCAAGCAUGGCUGUUCCUUAUGGCUUCUGCGAUGCUCGAAGCUCUUGUUUGGGGUUACGCAUUCGCCUUUGGUAUAUUUCAAGACUACUACAGUACACAUGCGCCAUUUAAAGGAUCCGAUAACAUCGCAGUUAUCGGCACCUGUGCGAUGGGCAUUGCAUAUUUGGUUGCUCCGUUGGCAAUCAUUUUGAUGAUCUUAGUGCCAAAGAUCGCUCGCUGGGUGUCAACUAUAGGAGUUGUUAUCAUGUGUCUGUCUUUGGCACUGAGCUCCUUUUCCACCAACGUCAUGCAUCUUAUUUUGUCACAAGGAAUUGGCUUUGGAAUUGGCGGUUGCUUUGCCUAUACUCCCACCAUCCUGUUCAUGUCGGAGUGGUUCGAUAAGCGAAAAGGUCUUGCCUUUGGUAUUGUCUGGGCCGGGUCUGGUGUGUCCGGCAUAGUCUUCCCACUUGCCAUCCAGUGGCUGUUGAACCAGUAUGGGAUUGAAGCCACGCUUCAAAUUUCAUCAGUGACAUUGUUCAUUCUUGCCGUACCUUUCCUCUACUUUCAUCGACCGAGGCUGCAAACAACAGAAAUUGCGUACCACCGUCUGAAUUUUCAUUUCUUGUACAACAAAGUCUUCAUAAUUUACCAGCUCGGCAACACACUCGAAGCAAUCGGAUUCUUCCUGCCGACCAUCUAUCUUCCGACAUACGCCCGAAGCCUAGGUGCCAGUGACUACAUGGCGUCUCUCACAGUAAUCCUCGUCAACUUGUUUACAGUAUUCGGCUCUGUGAUCAUGGGAUUCCUUUCCGAUCGAUAUCACGUCACUACCUGCAUCCUGAUGUCGACUGUCGGUACCGUUCUCGCAGUCUUUUUCAUUUGGGGUUUCGCCGACUCUAUCCCGCCUUUAUACGUCUUUUGUAUUGCCUAUGGUCUCCUCGCGGGCGGCUUCUCCUCCACCUGGGCUGGAGUCUCGAAUGAAGUGCAGAAAGCCAAUCCAUUAGCUGACGCGACUGUCAUUUUCCCGUUCAUGGAAACAGGACGUGGAAUUGGCAAUGUGGUAAGUGGGCCCCUCAGUGAGGCUUUGCUCAAGGCAGAUCGCUGGAAAGGACAUGCGUUGGGUGCAUAUGGAACUGGCUACGGUACACUCGUUGUUUGCACUGGCGCAACUGCAUUGGUUGGUGGCCUCUCUGUGGUGGCCCGUCAGUUUAACUGGAUAUAA